GCUCUAUUCCCGGAGAAAAGGGGAAAAUAAUAUCCUAAAAGAAAACCCUUUUCCGAAUUUACACAUCAACGGCUCGAUAAGGAAGUGUAAAGCAGGCGUAGUGGAAUGUGUUAUGACAAACGACGCUCUGCAUCUACUUGUACAUGUGUACACCUAUCCCUCGAAUUGUAGAGGAAUACAAAGCUGAGACUGACAGCGGGUAAUAUCUGCUAGAAACAGGGAAAUACCGAAGAAUUUCGUCAUUUGGGCUUUCUUAGAGUUUCGGAAUCUCACCAACAUCUGUCCUGGGAAUAUCGGGGCUCUAAUGGGAAUCGUUUUGGAGUGAAAGGACACAGAAAUUAAAGCAACAAAAGAGGAGGUAAAGAAGGCCCUUUGGAUUGGGGAAAAACCAGCAAGGAGCAGCCAUCGCUAAGGAGAGGAAAAAGAAGGAAAUUUUGAAUUAUUUUUCAACACCUUAUGAAAUAGUGGAGGCACUGGACAAUCUACGGUGUAUCUUGAUGGAAUUACAAUAAUUUGGACGAAGAUGAAAACACCGAUAAUGAGACGCAUGUAGUUCGUUUAGUGUAAAUAUUUUUUUCCUCCUCACUAGUUUCCCGGCCGACUCUGCGUGGAAUAGGGCUACAACUAGGAAACGAAGAGAAUCGCGGCCUGGUGAUAUUGAAAUGUUUAUAACGACACAAGACCAGUGUCUUUUGCAGCAAAGACGCACACAUCAAGGAAUAAAAUAUCAGUUUAGAUAUCGGUCGUUUGUUCAAGCGAAGCCUUUCCGCUAAUCUAUAACAUUUAUCAGCCUUCCGUCUGCUAAGUGAAAGGGGUUGAAGCCUCAAGUAGUCACAUCGAUGGCCAGUAUCUUUCGUGGGUAUCUGGGACCUUUAUAUUAACUAGAAAAUCGUGGAAAAGCUGCCAAACAUCUGAGAGGCCGCACCAGUGUCGUCAUCAGCAGUCUCCUGCCCUUACACUAGCUUGAAAAUACGCAUAAUGUGCAACUAUAAUCAUUAACACGAAAUAGUAUCGUCUGAAAAGUAGCACAGGAGCCGUAGGCCUAUGUUACAGUGCAACUUUUACGCCAAACUGUAUACAUGUAGCAAAUAUUUUUGAUUAAUUCGCGGCUCAAACAAAGGAUCUAGAAUAGUUUGUUUAUCUAUUUAUUUUUUUGACAUUCCCCCCGGACCUUUGUCGUGCGGGAAGAUGGGUUGUCUGGGGAACAGUAAGACUGAAGACCAGCGGAAUGAAGAGAAGGCUCAAAGAGAAGCAAACAAGAAAAUAGAGAAACAACUUCAGAAAGACAAACAGAUAUACAGAGCCACUCACAGGCUGCUACUUUUAGGUGCUGGAGAGUCUGGAAAGAGCACCAUUGUCAAACAGAUGAGGAUCCUGCAUGUUAACGGCUUCAAUGCAGAAGAGAAAAAACAGAAAAUACAAGACAUAAAGAACAACAUCAAAGAAGCCAUAGAGACUAUAGUGACGGCCAUGAGUACGCUAGCCCCGCCUGUCCAGCUCGCUUGUCCAGCAAACCAGUGCAGAAUUGACUACAUCCUCAACCUAGCAAAUCAGAAGGAUUUUGAGUUCCCACCUGAGUUUUAUGAGCAUGCGAGGACUCUUUGGCAGGACGAGGGGGUGCGAGCCUGUUACGAACGCUCUAACGAGUACCAGCUGAUCGACUGUGCACAGUACUUUUUAGACAAGAUAGAUGUUGUUCAGCAGAGUGACUAUACACCAUCUGACCAGGACCUGCUAAGAUGCCGAGUUCUCACCUCUGGGAUUUUUGAGACGAGGUUCCAGGUGGACAAAGUGAAUUUCCAUAUGUUUGAUGUUGGUGGACAACGGGAUGAACGCAGGAAGUGGAUCCAGUGCUUUAAUGAUGUAACAGCCAUUAUCUUUGUGGUGGCCAGCAGUAGCUACAACAUGGUCAUUCGAGAGGACAAUCAGACCAAUCGCUUACAGGAGGCACUAAAUCUUUUCAAAAACAUCUGGAACAACAGAUGGUUGCGGACUAUCUCUGUAAUUCUGUUUCUGAACAAGCAGGAUCUGUUGGCUGAAAAGGUUUUGGCAGGAAAGUCAAAAAUAGAAGAAUACUUUCCUGAGUUUGCACGCUACACAACACCAGAUGAUGCAACACCUGAGCCUGGAGAGGAUCCGCGUGUUACAAGGGCAAAAUACUUUAUCCGGGAUGAGUUCUUGAGGAUCAGCACAGCAAGUGGAGAUGGCCGGCACUACUGUUACCCACAUUUCACCUGUGCUGUGGACACGGAAAACAUCCGCCGCGUCUUCAACGACUGUCGGGACAUCAUCCAGAGGAUGCAUCUCCGACAAUACGAGCUCUUGUGAUUGGAGGAGACAAAAGAUGGUCAGACUGUGAAAGAGCUCUUGUGAUUGGAGGAGAAGGAGUAAGGACAGACUGUGCAAAAAGAGCUAUCGUGAUUGGAGCAGACAGAGAGUGACCGUAUGAAGAGCUCCUGUGAUUGGAGAGAGAGACUGUGACCCCGCCCCUCUACACCUACCACCCCACCCUGCUGACCCCCCCUCACCUCCUACUGGCCUCUACACACAUACACACACACACACAUUCACAUUUGGGUGUCACCCCACAGACCCAUAAAGACAGUGCUGAAAGACAGAGAGAUGGAGAGUGGGAGUUACAUGAACCGAUGCAUCCAUUGGCUCAAGUGAUGCGCUCUACCACUGUACACACACACUUAUUCACAUACCUCCAUAUGCUGUCUUUUCUUGACACACACGCACUCUUGAACAUUCUCUGACACACAUAAGCUUACACUGCAUAGCAAACAUUCUCUCACUGGCUCUCUUGACAUCAUCACUUUCAGAUGUAUGCUUACACAACUCAUAUAAAUAACUUAAAAAUACACACACACACACAAACACACACACACACAUAUUCCUCAGCUGACAGAGAAAACACACGUACAUACACACACAGUUUACCGUGGCAGUAUGGAUGCCAGUCUGUACCCGUUGUAUUACGGCAGUUUAGGAGCACUUGGCUCUAUUUGGCCUGCCUUCUCAUUGGCUGGCUCUGUUUGGCCUGCCUUCUAACUGGCUGGCUCUGGACUCUCUCUCUGACGUAAAAAAAAAAAAAAAAAAGACUGAACGGGUCUCACUGAGGUAGAGGAUGGACCAAUGACGGACAAAAUACGGAGAACAAAGAAAAAAAAGUGAGGUAUGAGGUGGGAGAUAAAGGUAAAAAAAAAUCUCCUCAUAGCUAAAGCGUAUCUUGACCCAGAGUGAAGCUCACAUGACCCUGAGUUUCAGUAGGAGCCGAAGAGAAUUAUUGGACUGACCAGAAAACCCAAAACUGUCGCUGUUUCUCUGUCUCUUUCAUUUCCCCUGCCACUCUCCUUCAUUCCUUCUCCUUCAUCAUUUCCGUUUCCACUCCCCUUUCUCUCUCUCUCUCUUUCUCUCGCUUUCUUCCAUCAUCCUCUCUUUUCUUUAUCUCUCUCAGUCUCAAUCUGCUUCACCCUCAAACUCUCUUCUAAUCAUGCACCUGAGAUAAGACUAGCAGUGGUCUUUUCCUCAGCGACUUGUGAAGAAAAUUCUUGAGGAAAGACAGAGGAGGAAAGGACAAAUGACAAAUGGGACACUGCUCUGUUCUGUCACUCCUUCCUCUGUUACCCUUCGUCACGUUCCUUCCAUCGUUCUCUACCCUAACCCCCCCACCCCAACCCCACCCAACACCGAUCCCAGGCCUUCUGUCUGUCUCUCUCUAUUUUACUGCUGGACUAUUCUUGUACAGAUUGUAAAAUGUAUUAUUUUGUACAACUUUAUUGAAGAAAAAAAGACUUGUAGAAGACCCCUGUGCCUUGAUCAUGACUGCGUGUAAAAAGAGCUUAAGGUGUACGCUAUGUGUCUCUGCGCUGUAUUUCUCUGCCUGUUCACCCCAAGGGGAAUUGGUCGACUAUCCUUACCCCCUCCCCCUACUCUGAUUAAACAUGCCUGUUUUUACAUCCAUAUACUUCAAAAGAGUUAAAAAAAUAAUAAUAAUUGAAAUGUAUAUGGGUUUAAAGACGGUAAUUUUAAUAGAAUCAUGGAAACAUGACCUAUCUGUGCACUUAAAUGUAAUGUGCAUUGAAUCUGAACGAAAGUGUUCUCAACAAGAAUACUGGUCAGCUUUUCCUCCCUCCUCACUUUUCUCC